ACGAGAAAUCUGUUGAGAAUCGUGUAACACAUGUAACAUUAGCGUUUUAUUGGUGCCAAAAAUAUUGCAUGUUUCUUAAGCAACUGUGGCUUAUUUCUUUGUGAAACAGACAGAAUACUUUGUGUAGAAAGUCAUUAUUAGUAUUGCGGCACUGCACUUGCUCUGUGAACAAUGAGGUUUAUGACAAGCCUGGCAGAGAGAGGUUUUUCAGAGAAGUAUCAAGGUCAAGAUAUGAUAAGUGAUUCAGAGGAAGGCGUUCUGGUGGAUGACUGGCUGACAUCCAAACAAGAUCUAUUGGACACAUCAGAUGAAGAGCUGAAUGAUGACCUUUUGUGUAGCGAUGAUGAGAACGAAACUAUGAGAUGUCACAAUGAAAGCAUUCCUAAACCAAAACUGCAGGCGACUGCAAAGCCUUACCUUGUUUGUGGAACUCCACACCUUGCUGAAGACCAAGCCAGAUGUCCUAAAGAAGAGGUGGAGGUUGACCCUGGUGAAGUUUUAGACAUCGAAAUCAAUGCUCCUUCUGGAGAUGAAUUUCAAGGUGGAUCUGAGUUGCGAGAGGGUCUGUCUCCUCAGCCCUCUGGGCGUCAUCUCACACGCUCCUGCAGGGGACAGCCUGCCCCAGAGGAAACCGUCACUGGACCCUCCCGCAGUCCUGAGCCAGUGUUCCCAGGACAGCAUAUGUUUGAUCAACAACACUCUGCUUCAGUCUUGGACACUAAUCCGCUCCUAGCUGGACCUACUCCCAUGGGCUCCAUUCAGCCUCCGGGAAAUGAGAGUGACCCCUGGAGGCCCAGUCUAGCUUUGCAGGGGCCCACGGAUCUGUCAAAGCCUGGGACUCCCCACCGUGGGCAAAAGCCUCUCCAGAAACAUCCAUCAGCUCAGUCUGGCUGCUCCUUAACUGCUCCCUCUGGACCACAGGCACAGAAACCUGCUGUGCUGGUAAGAGCUGUUGCCAGGAUGGUGCACAGUGCCAAGCCAAUGGCUGUUGCCAGGGGGAUGCCCAUUGCUGCAAGGCAGCCAGCAAGUGCCAAGUCUAAGAUAUCUGCCAAAACUCCACCAGCGCCAGGGAUGGUGGGAAGAAAUGUGGGUCAGAAGGUCAAGGUGCAGCCCCAAACUCCUCCAGCUACUCAAAAACUUCCCGCAAAGCCGCUAAACAUGACAAACAACAAAGAGUUUUGUCAUCCUCAGUGGGAAGAGGAGGCGUUCUACAUGGAGAGGCUGCGGGAGCAGAUGCGACUGAGGGAGCAGGUUAUCAAACAGAAGGAACGGAUGAGAUCUAGAUGGGCCGCAAACAAGAAGCAUCUGCGGCAGGAGCGAUUCCAAACUGAUAGUUCCACCGGACACUGGAACAACAACCAAAAUCAACAGACACAGCCGUGUGUCUUGGGUUCUUGCCCUUGGAAGGUUACGCACCAGCAGCCCUUCCAUGAUCCGCCUCACUGUCUUUUCCUGGAGCGCCAUCCAGAAAUCCAGCCCUUGCCUUCACAGCAGCACCAGUACCAGGUUGUAGUACCCCCACUUCAGCCACCAUGGCAACAAGCUCCACUGACACAAGGGAAUCCAUCAGGCCAUGCAGCAGAGCUCCAGCAUUAUCAGUCUCAUCAGAGGGGCACAGACAGGGUGGUGUUACAAGGAAUGGGGCAAGUCCCAGAUCAGAUGAACCAACAGUACAGUAUAGAUGAAGUCUGGCGAGGACACAAGAGCAAGUGUGAGCUGAGAACUUCUUACGGGCCUGUUCCCACCAAAAUAAGAGUGGUCAAACACCUCAACCCAGUUAGUGUGAGUUGUGAUCUUACACCACAGAUUAGCGAAGAGACUAACGCAGUGACUAAAACGAAGCCCAGAAUUGUCACCUUCAGAAUGCCUGAUUCAUCACCACCUUCAUUUCUGCAACAGAGUCUCAAGUUAAACUGUCCCAAACAGGGAAAGGGAUGUGGCCCAAACCAGCCCCAGGAUGAGGUGGCAGUCAGGGGAAACCAACCCAGCGCUUUCAUACCCUUCAGUUCCGGCCUGAGAACAGAGUCUGUUACUGCUCAAACCCAUGUCAACUUUAUUGUAAGACUAAACCACUGAACAUCUUGGAAAUCAAGCCUUAUCCAACAAAAUGUUGAGUAGAAAAUGUUCAAUGUUCUCACAGGUUUGGCAGCGUUUUUGUUAUGAUGCAAUAUUUGCCUUUUUUGUGAUUGUUGAAGACAGUGGUUUGGCAUUUUGCUCCUUGGUUUCCAUUAAAUACCUACACUGCUUGCAUGUUCCUGCGUGGCUGUUCAUGUCAUUUAGCAAGAAAUCCUUGAAUUUGUUUGUUAUUUGAUAUAUUGAUACUUUUAUACAGUUAAUCUCACUAUUAUUCCCCAUAAAUGUUUUUCAAUUUUAGUUAAGUUUUGUCUCUGUGGAAUGUGCAGAUAAAUAAGACUUAUAAAAACAAAGGUGGCAUCAUGAUGAUGAAUUAUAGCCUGUUGAUAACUGCCAGUAAUGUUUUAAUAAGCAUUAAAGGUAUAGUUCACCCAAAAAUGAAAAUUCUCCCAUUGUUCACUCACCUUCAAGUUGUUCCAAACCUACAAAAGAAGCUAUUUUGAAGAAUGUGGGAAACUGAACAUUUGUUGCUAUUGACUUCCAUAGUAGGAUGAAA